AUGGAUGCGGGAAGAGAUGAACAACAUAGCCAUCGUCAACAAGAGGAAGCCUUUGACGACGAUGAGCCCAACGCUAGUCCACAGGACGAACAAUCUGCCCUGAAUGGGCAACAUACAAGCUCACAGAGCAUGAACAGCGAUGUUUCUAAUGAACAAUUCGCUAAAACUUUGGCCACAAUGAACGAAAAUAUGGCCAACAUGGCUGCAAUAUUGGGCCAAAUAUGGCAGCACGUCGAUUCUGGCGGGAAAACUGCAAAGGCCAAAAAACGACAACAAGAGGAUCAAUACUCCUCUGAGUCGGAGCGAGAUGAACACACGGCAAAACGCCGUCGCUCAGCUCAUGAAAAUGAGGACAGUCUUAGCGUAACGGCCAGUGAUGACGAGGUAAGGCAGUUACUGAAUGACAGCGAUACGGCGCAACAACAAGACGAAAGCCCUGAUUUACCCGACGACGAUUUGCUUCAAGAACUGGAACAACAGUUCAGUGAAGACAAAAGUCUAGGGUCCGCAGUGGGGGAAAAACUAGCAACUAUAGCUAUUAAUCGCUGGACUGAAAAAUUAAGUCCUGACAAAAUCAAGGAAAUAAACGAGAAAUACAAACAACCGCUAAACUGUGAAGCUAUGCGAGUUAGCCGCAUUAAUCCAGAAAUUUGGUCUCAAAUCAGCCAACACAAAAAGAAAACAGAUCUUAGACUGUCAAGAAUGCAACAAAAUGUCCAAAAAGCAGUUUUUGCCACGCUUCAAAUGGCGGAAACUUUAAGCGCCAAAAAUCAACCUUCGGCAUUGACCGAGAACAAGAAAGGCAAUGACCGCGAGGCAUUACUUCGCAUCGCAGUGAACCUCAUUGCAAUGUUGGGGCAUAUGAAUGCUGAUGUAAUGUCCAUGCGACAGGAGUCGAUUAAACCAGCGUUGAAACCAGAAUUUCAAAAAAUUUGCCAUGCAACUGUUCCGCCAAACUCAAAAUUCUUAUUUGGCGAUGAUUUGGCGAAACUGGUUCGCGACUCAAAGGAAAUAAACAGCAUUGCAAGCACACUGACGUUGCCAAGAACAGCUCGCAAUACUAGCACAGCAAAUACGAGUAGACGCAAUACUCACACCUACAGCCGUGAGGAUAUUAAUAACUCAUACACGGGUGACAACCGUGGUAGAAAUACAUCUACGAGGCCUUUUUUAUGGAGAGGCCAAAAACCAUAUCGCAGGCGACGCGGCACGAGAGGCAACGGGUCCCAGAACCAGCAAAGGAAGUGA